GCCACGAGAUCACGAAUCCCUCUUCCCCGACUCUCCGCUGCACUGCCGUCUGGUAGGGCAGUCAGCACCCAGUCAAGGAGGGCACAGCCAGCAUCUCCAAGGAGAGCUGUCACUCCCAACCGGUCGUUUCUAGCGGCACGCAGUCGCAGGUACACCUUGCCACCCCGCCGUCGCACACAAUUCCCCAUCGUCCUCGAUUCCCCGUCGAAAACACCGGCAUCGGUCGUGAAGCCAGUCCUUAGACACCGGACGACGAAUCUGCUUGAUCUCUACCUCUCUUCAUACCAGACAAAUCCAGCAAAGAUGGCCGAGCCCGAGUCGCAAAUAGCGGCCAAUCCCACAACCGAGGAACAGUCAUUACAACAACCGAGUGAUGCAGUACGGAUGAGCGAAGUGUCGAAGGAGGAGGAGGAAGCGCAGACUCAGACCAAGAGCGACUCGUCGGUACCGCCCCCAGCCGCGGAUGUUAUCCAGCCAGAACCCCCAGCAGAAUCACAGACGGCGACUGCUACUACCGGUUCCACAGCGCAGCCAUCAAAAGGGAAAGGGAAGGACGAGCCACCGGUGGAAGACGAUCUAAAGAUAGGGCCUACUGACCCCCUACCCGAUGCGUCGGAAGGCACCCUGGAUCACCCAAUUUGCAACAUCACUCUCCUACUCCCCAAUGGUGCGAGACAUCCGUACAAGAUCGACGAGAAGUAUCUGACGAAGCGCAACGUGGAUGUGCCGGAUGUGACCGAGACCGGCAAGAGGGACCCGUUCAGCAUUUCGGUCUAUACCCUGAAAGAGCUGAUACUAAGGGAAUGGCGUGAGGAGUGGGAAGGCAAGCCAGCAAGCCCGAGUAGCAUUCGGCUCAUCCAUUUCGGCAAGUUGUUGGAUGACAAGGAACAGUUGAAGAAGUAUCACUUUAGUGCAGACACUCCAAACGUGGUCCACAUGUCUGUUCGCCCGGCCGAGAUGAUGGAGGAGGAGGAGGCCGCGAAGGGCAAGGGCAGCGGCCACCACGGACAGAAUCGUGAUAACGGUUCAAGGUGCUGUGUUAUCUUAUAGUUGACCAAUCUCUUCUAUACUCUGGCGUGCUGUUGUCCGCCGGCGUUGCAGAGGAUGCCAUAUACCUAGCCCGGUUGAGCGGGCAUUGAAACGGCCAUAUUAUUUGGUUGAGCAGAGCACAGUCGGAUGCUUCGUCCCAAAGAUGACCAUCUGUAUUGGGAAUGAGCCUCUACAGCCAAUUUGCUCUACACCCGAGUUGUUUUCUUUUGUGUCUAUUCCAUACAAGACAGGGCGCCAGCGGGUUAUCGGCGUUUCAA